CGGGGGAGACGCGCGGGCUCGGUUGCACCACUGCGCUCCGCCUGCAGCCGUCACCUCUGGACUGCCACCUCCCUGGUGGUGGCUGUCCCAGAAGUCAGAGAGUGGGCUCGCUGCCCAGGCCGGGAGGGAAAAGAACUUCCAACUUGGAGGUUGGAGCCUUUCGCUCUUGCCAGGCGCCUGGCCCCGCUUUCUGAGUGAGGAUGGUGAGCCCCACGGCCUCCGACGUGCACCCGACCAUGGGCAUCAAGAUCGUCUCAGCCGGAGUGUCAGCCUGCUUGGCGGAUGUGAUCACCUUCCCGCUGGACACCGCCAAAGUCCGGCUACAGAUCCAAGGCGAAUUCCCUGUCUCCAGCGGUAUUACGUAUAAAGGAGUCCUGGGAACAAUCACCACCCUGGCCAAAACCGAAGGGCCCAUGAAACUGUACAGCGGGCUGCCCGCGGGACUGCAAAGGCAAAUCAGCUUCGCCUCUCUUAGGAUCGGCCUCUACGAUUCUGUCCAGGAGUUCUUCACCUCAGGGGAUGAAACACCCAGCUUGGGAAGCAAAAUCUCAGCCGGACUCACAACUGGAGGAGUGGCAGUGUUCAUUGGGCAGCCCACCGAGGUGGUGAAGGUCAGGCUCCAAGCACAGAGCCACCUACACGGUCUCAAACCUCGCUACACCGGGACCUACAACGCGUACAGAAUUAUAGCAACAACAGAGAGCUUCAGGAGUCUUUGGAAAGGGACUACUCCUAAUCUGUUGAGAAAUGUCAUCAUCAAUUGCACAGAGUUGGUAACAUAUGACCUGAUGAAGGGGGCUCUUGUGAGAAACAAAAUCCUAGCAGAUGAUGUCCCCUGCCACCUGCUGUCCGCUUUCGUCGCUGGAUUUUGCACCACACUCCUGUCCUCGCCUGCUGAUGUAGUGAAGACCAGAUUUAUUAACUCUCCGCCAGGGCAGUAUACCAGCGUGCCCAGAUGUGCAAUGACAAUGCUCCACCAGGAAGGGCCGUCGGCAUUUUUCAAAGGAUUUCUACCUUCCUUCCUGCGACUGGCAUCCUGGAACCUCAUUAUGUUCGUGAGCUUUGAACAGCUGAAACGAGAAUUGAUGAAGUCCAGGCAGACAGUGGACUGCGCCACAUGAUCAGCUUCCAGAAAAGCAUGUAGCACAUCAGAGGGAAUUGCUGAUUGGAUCCCUAAUAAAAACAACCCCCAAACGAC